AUGAUAGGUGGAAAUGAAUCCUGUACUGCGGGACCAAUACCUAUGUCCUACCUAACCUGCCUGACUUACAUUUUGGGAGAAUGGACUGGUGUGGAGCACAUUGAAGAUUACCUGAGUUACGCAGUCUACCUUUUAUGGGUGCUUUUUCCACUCGCAGUAGUUUUUCUACUUCCAGGAGUUGUCAUAGUCCUCUUCUACACUUCCAUUCUCCUUCUUCAUAUUUAUAAAAGGAAGAAUGAACUAAAGGAAGCUUAUUCCAAUGAUUUUUGGGAUGGUGCAAAACAAAUGUUGGCUACCCUAUGGGAUGGGCAUGGAAGAAUAUGGCAUGGUUAUGAGCUUCAUGGUACCAAAAAUAUUCCUGAAGGACCAGGGCUUCUUGUGUUUUAUCAUGGAGCUACUCCUGCUGACUACAUCUAUUUCAUGGCUAGACUUCUUAUACGAGAGAAGAGAUACUGCCACGUAGUAGCUGAUCAUUUCGUCUUUAGAUUACCAGGUUUUAAAUUAUUACUUGAUGUACAUGGAGUUAUGCAUGGACCAAAAGAAGAAUGUGUCAGUGCUCUGAAGAAGGGCUGUCUGAUAGCCAUUGCCCCAGGAGGAGUUCGGGAAGCACUCUUCAGUGACGAAAUGUAUACUAUUAUCUGGGGUAAUCGGAAGGGCUUUGCUCAGGUGGCCAUUGAUGCAAAAGUGCCCAUCAUUCCUAUGUUUACACAAAAUGUUCGAGAAGGCAUUAGGACAUUAGGAGGAAUAA